AUGUCUACCUCUGCCGACACCGCACUGUCGGUGGCGGCGGCAGCUUCAGGCUACAAACAGCCACCGAGCAAUAUUCUCGAUGUCAUGCGUGCCCCUGCGCUGCCCGUCCCCGUUCCCAGUCCCGCGGGCGACAGGAUCAUCCUCGUCUCGUAUGCCAAGUAUCCGUCCAUCUCUCACAUCGCCACCGCCUACUUGGCCCUCGCUGGCGUCCGCGUCGAAAUCGCCAAUCGCAAUCGCCGCAACACGGCCGCCGGUCAUGGCAUCCGCACCUUUGCCUACAAAUUGGAGCUCGUCCAAGCCAAGGAUGGCAAGACCGUCACUGUCUCGCUGCCCCCAGACGCGCGCACCACCAGCCCCAUUUGGAGCGCCGAUGGUCGCUACUUCGCCUUUGAGAACAUAACCCCCAAUUCCGUGGAUCUUUGGAUCGGCAGCGGUGAAACUGGUGUCGCCCGGCAGGUCCAAGAUGUGGGGUUGAACCCUUUGCUCGAACACGAGCUCAUCUGGAUGCCGAGUCAGAAACAACUUCUUGUCAAGCUUGUUCCUAAAGGCCAACAGCCACAGCCGGCAAAGCCAACGGUUCCAUUAGGCCCCAUCAUUCAGGAGACUGACGGCAAAAAGGGUCAGAGUAGCACCUAUGAAGCUCGCGACACGCUCAAGAACGAGUAUGAUGAGGCCCUGUUUGAUUAUUACGCGGCUUCUCAACUGGCUUUGGUUGAUGUUGAGUCACUCACGACUCAACCCAUCGGUGAGGUCGAUCUUUACCUCAAGGCAAGCGCCUCACCCGACGGAAACUACAUGUUUACUCUUGCGCUUCGCAAGGAUUAUUCAUACAACACUGGGUAUUUGAGGUUUCCCUACACCGUCAAGGUUUGGAAUCUCUCAGACCUUACGAGCACCAAGCCUCUAAACCUCUUUGAGCUGCCUCUAGCAGACCGUGUCCCCAUUCGCGGCGUUCCUUGCGGCCCGCGCGAUUUCUCAUGGCGCUCCAAUGCUCCUGCAUCUCUACUUUGGGUGGAAGCUCUCGAUGACGGCAACUGGGAAAAGAAGGUCGAGCACCGUGACAAGGUCAUGCUCUUGGAAGCGCCAUUCGAUAUCAACGCGUCGCGUGAGCUUCUGCGCACGGAAUACCGCUUCGGUGGCCUCGCCUGGGGAGAAGAUCCAUCAUUUGCCAUUCUUAGAGAGCUGGAUAUCAACACUCAGUGGGAGCGUCGCUACAUUGUCAAUGUCGGCGAUCCCCAACAAGAGCGCAAGCUCAUCCUGGACAUGUCGUACAACGAGAGGUACAAGUAUCCUGGCUCUACCAUACUUCGCAAGCUGCCGAAUGGCUUUCACGUUGUCCGUAAAGUCGGCGAAUCCAUCUUCCUCAGUGGCGCUGGCUCAUCAAAGGAUGGAGAUCGACCUUUCCUAGACCAAUUCAAUACCGAUACCAGGAACACUCGCCGCUUGUUCCGCAGUAGCAGCUCGGCCUAUGAAUCUUUCAUCGGCUUUACAGAUACUACGGGGUCGACAUUCCUCACAUUGCACGAGUCGCCCACUGAUUCCCCCAACGUCUUCCAGCAUAUCCUACGAGCCGAGAUUGACGCUCCGGAGGGCGAGGCCGUGUACAGCACCGAAUCUCGGGCAGUCACCAACAUUCCUAACCCAACCCCUCUUCUCUCGCAGAUUAAGAAGCGUGUUGUGACAUAUCAGCGUGAGGACGGAGUGCAGCUCUCGUUCAACCUCCACACACCGCCAGGAUACCAGGAGGGUACCCGUGUCCCGACCAUUCUCUACGCGUACCCCCGCGACUUUGCCAGCGGCUCAGAGGCCGGCCAGGUCACCGGCUCGCAAGCCCGGUUCACGCGCCUUCGAAAGCACCAAUUCCUCCUGCUCGCCGGCUACGCCAUCCUCGAGAACGCGGCGUUCCCCAUCGUCGGCGACCCCAAGAAGGCCUACGACACGUACCUGGAGCAGCUCGUGGCCAAUGCCAAGGCCGCCGUCGACAAGGCCGUCGAGAUUGGCGUGGCGGACCCGGAGCGCGUCGGCGUCACGGGCCACAGCCACGGCGCGCUCAUGACGGCGAACCUGCUGGCGCACUCGGACAUCUUCAAGGCGGGCGUCGCGACGAGCGGCGCGUACAACAAGACCUUGACGCCGUUCGGCUUCCAGAACGAGCGCCGCAGCGUGUGGGAGGCGCCGGAGCCGUACCGCAAGGCGUCGACGUUCUUCUUCGCCGACAAGCUGAAGCACCCGAUCCUCAUCGUGCACGGGGCGGACGACGCGAACCCGGGCACGACGCCGAUGCAGUCGUCCAACUUUUACUCGGCGGUGCGCGGGAACGGCGGCACGGCCAAGUUGGUCAUGCUGCCGCACGAGCCGCACCACUACGAGGCCAAAGAGUCCCACGAACAUGUGAUUCACGAGAUGCUGGCCUGGUUUGACAAGUAUCUCAAGUAUCCGGCCGAGGCACAGCCGGAUUCUAAAAUAUAA